CGACGAAUACGGAAUCCAGCUGAUCUGAAGAAGGGAAGUGCAUUGCGUCAUCGUAAAUAAAUCUCAAAUUAACUUAAUUUGUGAGAGAUACCCGAUACGUCUAGCUGCCUUUGGGAUUUCAUUGUAAUCUCCUGUUCACGAAGGUAUUGAACCGGUACGCUAGCUGUUCGUGAAACUUAAAUAGUAGAGAAGAAAAUAAAGGCUUUUAACCAUGGCAACCACACCACAGAAUGGAGGGGUUGACAAGCAUUGGAUCGCCCCUGACCUUCCCUCCCGCUGCACAUGGCAUCUUGGGAUGGAGAAAGGGAAGAGCCCUCACAGUCAUGAUAAAAGUGAGGGUAACAAGGUUCGAGAGAGGGCGCAACCUACCAUCUUGAAGAUGAUCGGAAACACGCCCCUCAUCCGCAUCAACAACGUCACCAAAGGGACCGGUCUCAAGUGCCAAAUAUUGGCUAAGUGUGAAUACUUCAAUGCCGGUGGAAGUGUCAAGGAUCGCAUUGCGUUGAAGAUGGUGGAAGAUGCAGAGAAAGAUGGAACACUGAAACCCGGAUAUACACUGAUUGAACCAACGUCGGGAAAUACAGGGAUUGGUCUAGCCCUGGUAGCUGCGGUGAAGGGGUACCGUUGCAUCAUCGUCAUGCCGGAAAAGAUGUCCAAUGAGAAGGUCGACACCCUCCGCGCCCUGGGAGCCGAGAUCGUCAGAACCCCGACGUCUGCAAGGUUUGAUGCUCCGGAAUCUCACAUCAGCGUGGCGCAGCGUCUGAAUCGCGAGAUCCCCAACUCCGUGAUUCUAGAUCAGUACAGGAAUGCAGGCAAUCCGUUGGCACAUUACGACAAUACGGCAACAGAGAUUUGGGAACAGUGCAAUGGCAAGGUUGACAUGGUUGUUUGUGGAGCUGGAACAGGAGGUACUGUGACUGGAAUCGGCAGGAAGCUCAAGGAACUCAACCCUCAUAUAAAGGUUGUAGGAGUUGAUCCUCUGGGUUCUAUCCUCGCCCAACCAGAGAAGCUUAACGAGACAGACGUCACAAGCUAUGAAGUGGAGGGAACUGGUUACGACUUCAUUCCGACAGUACUGGACCGAACAGUCGUGGAUAUGUGGCUCAAGGUCGGUGACAAAGAGUCCUUCGUAAUGUCAAGGAGACUUAUCAAGGAAGAGGGACUACUCUGUGGUGGUAGUAGCGGUGGCUCAAUGACCGGUGCGUUGGAGGCUGCCAAGUCCCUAAGAGAAGGCCAGACUUGUGUGGUGCUCUUAGCGGAUUCGGUCAGGAAUUACAUGACCAAGUUCUUGUCUGACGACUGGAUGGUUGAGAAGGAAUUCAUUGACAAGCAUGUGGAUAACACACCACAACAUUGGUGGUGGAAUCAGCCGAUAUCGAUGUUGAAGCUGGGCGCCCCCUUGACCGUCCUCCUAACGGUCAGCUGCCAGGACGCUAUCGACAUCAUGAACAAAAAUGGAUUUGACCAGCUGCCCGUGGUAGAAGAAUCUGGUGAUGUGAAGGGAGUCGUAACCCUUGGUAGUCUCAUGUCCCAGCUGUUAGCUGCUAAAAUCAAGCCUUCUACACCAGUCGCUGACUGCCUGUACAAACAAUUUCGAACAGUUACUCUGGAUACCACGCUCGGCAAUCUCUCCCGAGUUUUUGAUCAAGAUCAUUUCGUUCUUAUCCUUCAGGAUCAAAGACUGUACUCUGCAAGCCAAACUGUGGCCCAGAAGAAAAUGAUCUUCGGCAUCGCGACACGAAUCGAUCUUCUCCAUUACAUCACUCAGAGCCAACCGAAAGCGAAUGGCGUAGAAAAUGGUUCCUAAUCGGUAGAUCAAAAACAUCUUGACCUUCAGGUUU